AUGUGUGGUGAUGGUCCGAUUGAGGAACUGCCUUUCCCCGCCUCUUCCAUUUUUCUCCAGCCCCACCGUGUCUCACGCACACACUCCCACACACCAGAGGAACAUUCUUCCAACCUGCAGUCUUUGAGGCUUUCUCCGCUCUUGAUCUGCACAAAGCCACAUCGUGCAUGCACAUGCAUCGCAACCUUCACGGCGCAACGUAUUGGCAAUCCUCCCUCGACUCAAGGCCAACGCCUCCCCCGUUGGAGUUCCACGCGGGUGAUCAUGGCGGGCCGUCUCGAUACAUCCCGACGGAUGAUCCCGUGGCUGUAUGACCUCGUGCUGUGGCUGUUCACCUGCGCGCUGGACUUGUUCUUUCGUGAGAUCUAUCCGCGAGGAGCAUGGAGAAUCCCAGAGCGAGGCCCGGUGCUGAUUGUCGCCGCUCCUCAUGCCAAUCAAUUCGUCGAUUCGGCCAUUCUGAUGUAUCUCCUCAAGUCGCAGGCAAAGCGGCGCGUAUCAUUCUUGAUCGCCCAAAAGUCGAUGAAAGAGCCUUACAUCGGCACUUUGGCAUCAUGCAUGGGCGCUCUUCCUGUAGUUCGGUCAAUGGACUUGACCAAGCCGGGCAAAGGUUCCAUCUAUCAGCCAGAUCCUGAAAGCGAUCCAACUCUCAUCCAUGGAGUGGACACAGACUUCACCCAGCCAGAAUACGCCCCUGGAGGCUCCAUCACAAUCAAAGGCCAAAAAGCUCCGGAAACUGCUUCCAUCGAUGAAAUUGUGAGUGCCACCGCUCUGCGACUCAAGAAGCCUUUCAUGUCUCAGCUGUCGGAUGACCCGGGCCGCAAGGGCACGAGAUUUAAGAUUGCCCCCCACGUGGACCAAAGUCAAAUGUUUGAUGCAGUGUACAAGGAGCUGUCGUCUGGAGGCUGUAUCGGCAUCUUUCCUGAGGGGGGCAGUCAUGAUCGUUCGAACCUGUUGCCCUUAAAGGCAGGUGCUGCUUUGAUGUCCCUUGGUUGUCUGGCUCGAGACCCUGAGUGCGGGUUAUCUAUCGUCCCUUGUGGCAUGAACUAUUUCCAUGCACACAAGUUUCGCUCUCGCGCAGUGAUUGAGUUUGGUCGACCCAUUCAUGUUCAUCCCGAUCAAGUGGAGGCUUUCAAAGCUGGCGGGACCAGCAAGCGUAACGCUGUCGGAUCAUUGCUCGAGACAAUCUACGAGGGUCUUGAAGCUGUCACGCAGAUCAGUCCGGACCACGAGACUUUAAUUCUGGUCCAAACUACGAGGAAGCUGUACAAUCCAAUCAGCAAGAAGAUUCCGCUGCCCCUGGUGAUCGAGUUCAACCGCAGACUUCUCAAAGGUUUCACCAAGCACCAGGAUGAUCCGCGGGUCAAAGGGCUGAAAAAGAUGGUGAAUGAGUACAACCGGCGUCUGGAAUCGCUCGGUAUUCGAGACCACCAGGUCGAAUGGGGCAACAUCGAGGAGAAACCCUGGUGGCUCACUCUGAUUACCCUGUGCUAUCGUCUAUGCAAGCUUCUUGUCCUCAGCUUCGGAGUGCUCCCAGGGGUUCUGCUCUUUUGGCCAGUGUUCGUCACAACCAAAGUCAUCUCGGAGAAGAAACGACGCAAGGCUCUCGCAGCUUCUGUCGUCAAGCUCCAAGGACAUGACGUUGUGAGUACCUGGAAAAUCCUCGUCGCAAUGGGGCUGGCACCCACUCUUUACAUCUACUACACUAUUAUUGUGACCGCCUGGCUUCGGUACAACCGAAACGAUGGCUAUUACACGAGCGCUGUUCCCUGGUGGAUGGUGGCCCAAACAUAUGUCCCCAACUUUGUUCCACUGUGGCUCUUUGCUCUUUGUUUCUACAUCCAUAUGGGCUUUGUGAGCUACGCAGCCCUACGAUUUGGUGAAGUGGGGAUGGAUAUUAUCAAGUCCCUGCCCCCUCUUGUGGUUGCUUUGAAUCCGCUCUCCUCAUCGUCUCUCAUUGACCUGCGACAGCACCGAGAGGCCCUCUCAGAAAAGGUCACCCUGACAAUUAAUGAUCUUGGCUUCGGCAUCAUGCCCGAUAUAGAUGCCGAGAUUCCCACGGAUCCGUACAAGCUGGACGCUUAUCAAUCUCACCUCAAGAGCAUGCCACCAAGCGAACCGUCAAGUCGGGAACGCAGUCGUAGCAGAUCGAACGGCCCUUCAGGUGGCCCCUCUCUCAAAGCACUCAGCUCGAUCAACUCGGAAGGUGACCUGGCAGAGAUUGAUCGAAAGAUCCAGACCAACUUGAAGGGACGUGGAAGACGCUCAGGCACCCUGACAUCCUUGGAGACAGGUGAAUCCAUAUUGAAAUACAAGCCAGUGGUCUUUGCGACGAAUGAGAAGAAGAAAAACUGA